AUGUACAGUAGUCCUAACGAAUACACGACGGGCAUGAAGGCUGCAGCCUUGGCACUCGGCUUCAUGGAGGACUUUGUGUGCACGACCUAUUUCGUGUGCCUACUGUGGCUGUUUGACGUUUCCAAGCAGGUAAUUGGCGACAGAUUCGAGUCCAACCGCAGCAAGCGAAACUGCGUGGUGAUUCAAACUGCGGGGAACAUUGCAACAUUCGUGGUGUCGUGGCUGCUGUUCCUCGUGAUGAUGAUCCCUUUCGUCUCGGACUUGUUACUGGUAGUUAACCGAGACAUGCGAUUCACUUUCGACCUUGUUACUAUGGCUAUCAACGAACGAGAGUUUGCAAGCGCCGCUCCGAUCUCCGUUGAGGAGAUCCACCGAGGUUACGUGGGUGGAACCGUUCUGGUGAUUGUUAGUAUUGUAUUUGCGACUGUGCGUACGAAGGCUAACUGGGCUGAUCUAUCGACUUGGAACCCUACGCACGUGGUGAUUAAGGCAGUUGGUUGUCGAGCAUGCAGCUUUAAGGAGGUAUACAACAAGACCAGCAAAAAAGUCAAAUAUGUGGAGGUCGCUUUGGAAGAAGGCGCGAACCAAAGGAAAGAUACAAAGAGUGAGGCGUUCCAGAAAAGUAUUUACCAUCACGCAUUGAGAGUCGCAAUCGUGUUCAUGGGUCUCGUUGGCAUCCCAGCAGUUGUGGUGGCCUUGCGCUGCGCGUGUUCGCCGCUUGUUGCGUAUUGCGCCAUGAACACGACGCUCAACGAAAUGUUUGGUCAUGCAUUGCAGCCCACAUCGACAGAUGAUACGUUGUCAGUUCUUGGAGGCUGGAUCGAAACGUUUAUCCACCCAUCGGAGAAGCACGAACGCUUUGGGGUCAAUACGCUUUAUCGUCGGAGUAUUGGCUUUCAGGGUGAUCUCGCUUUUGAUGUCAAUGUAUCGAGUGACAACCCGCCCAAUGUGCUGGUAAUUGGCGUCGAAUCUUUCAGGUUUCAGGACUCCCGUUACCUUGUUGGAGACAAAGACCCUUCCAACUUGUUCAAGGGUACAAAUAUGACAAUAACGCCGAACUUUGACAAGUGGGCAAAGCGUGGAGUCGCUCUCCGUUAUAUUUGGUCAAGUAGCCCCACGAGCCGAUCUCUGGAGAGUCUUUUAUUCGCUCAAGUUCCGUACGAUAGCACAGUGAAGACCGCGAUCACUGGAGGGAGAAAGAACACGAACCUCUCUGGCUUACCGCAGCUCUUUAAGGCCAAAGGAUAUGAGACUUUCUUCACCACUGGCUGUCCGACUCGAUUCGAGAAUUGGGACGUAUUUCUUCCUUCUCAUGGCUACGAAACCCUGUGGGAUUCCAAGGACAUGAUGAAGCUGGCAGAAAGAGACUAUGGCAUUCGACAUAGCGACUGGCAUGAAGGUACACAUCGUGGAUUCAAGUGGGGAGUACACGACGACAUCAACUUGCAACUUCUUGGUGACCUGCUCGUGAACAAGACCAAUGCGCAGAUCCAACGUAUGGCGAAGGGUGAACCGAAAAAGCCACUUUCACUACGCACUACACUAUCUCCAGUCACUCACCGUUCGAAGAGCGUCCGAAAUGGUACGCAAACGCCAACAAGCCUGACUUCUCGCCUCUUUACAAAGGAGAAAAACAAGCCGGUAUGA